ACAUAAAAGGAUACAGGUGAGGUCACGGCGACAGACACACAGCUGGACAGCACUUGCAGAGGCCAGUAGACAGGCUAGUGUUGCUACUGAAACAAAUAAAGGAAAUAAACAAGGCGAAAAAAAAAACUGGAGACGUUUUAAAUUCCUCCAGUAUAAAAAAGGGAACUAACUUGCAUCACGUAUAAAAGAGAGCUCUAAGAAGAACGGCAACAUGUUCACUUGGGUAAAUAAGGAACAGGGUGGAAGAAACAAGGAGGGCGACAUGUUUCAAACAGUGACAGAAGGACUUCAGAGUCUUUAUGCUAAAAAACUGCUACCUUUGGAGGAGACCUACCUCUUCCACGACUUCCACUCACCGGCGCUGGAGGAGGCGGAUUUCCAUAGCAAGCCCAUGGUCCUCCUUGUGGGACAGUAUUCCACUGGGAAGACCACUUUCAUAAGAUAUCUUCUGGAGCAGGAUUUUCCAGGGAUGCGAAUUGGCCCUGAACCAACGACAGAUGGAUUCAUAGCUGUGAUGUACAAUGAGAAUGAGGGAGUUGUUCCUGGAAAUGCCUUGGUUGUGGACCCCAAGAAACCUUUCCGCAAGCUCAAUGCAUUCGGAAACGCCUUCUUAAACAGGUUCAUCUGCUCACAAAUGCCCAACCAAGUUCUGCAGAGCAUUAGCAUCAUUGACACACCGGGGAUCUUGUCUGGCGAGAAGCAGCGCAUAAGCAGAGGCUACGAUUUCUCUGAGGUUCUGCGCUGGUUUGGAGAGCGAGUGGACCGUAUCAUUCUCCUAUUUGACGCCCAUAAGCUGGACAUAUCUGAUGAGUUUUCUGAAGCGAUCAGAGCUUUUCGUGGCCAGGAUGACAAAAUCCGUGUGGUAUUGAACAAGGCCGACCAAGUGGACACUCAGCAGCUGAUGCGAGUUUAUGGUGCACUGAUGUGGUCGCUUGGAAAGGUGAUCAAUACUCCAGAGGUGGUGAGGGUCUAUCUCGGCUCUUUUUGGGCCAAACCUCUCCAAAAUGCUGACAAUCGACGUCUCUUUGAAGCCGAAACACAAGAUCUAUUCAGAGACAUCCAGGGUUUGCCUCGCAACGCUGCCCUGCGUAAGUUGAAUGACCUCAUCAAAAGAGCUCGCCUUGCCAAGGUGCAUGCUUACAUCAUCAGCUAUUUAAAAAAAGAAAUGCCCACCUUGUUUGGGAAAGAGAAGAAAAAGGAGGAGCUGAUUGCCCACCUACCUGAGAUCUAUCAGAUACUACAGAGGGAGCACCACAUUUCACCUGGAGAUUUCCCUAAUGUCAUUAAAAUGCAGGAGCAACUGCAACACUACGACUUCAGCAAAUUCCCUUCUUUGAAGGUGAAGUUGAUUGAAUCUGUGGACAGAAUGUUGUCCACCAAGAUUUCAAGCCUGAUGAACAUGAUCCGAGAGGAAGAAAACAAACAGCCGUCUCAGAUGGUAAUGGGUGGAGCCUUUGAGGACUCGUCUGACGGGCCUUUUGGCCAUGGCUACGGUGAGGGUAUCAGUGCAGGGGCUGAUACUGAGGAUUGGAUCGUAAGCCGUGACAAACAUCGCUACGAUGAAAUCUUCUAUACAUUGAUGCCUGUCAAUGGGAAGGUAACUGGCAUCAAUGCCAAGAAGGAGAUGAUGAGUUCUCGCCUGCCCAACACUGUACUGGGAAAGAUCUGGAAGCUGGCAGACUGUGAUAAGGAUGGGAUGCUGGAUGAUGAAGAAUUUGCUCUCGCUCAGCACCUUAUUAGGAUCAAACUGGAGGGAUUUGAGCUCCCUGCAGAGCUACCUAAUCACCUAGUGCCUCCGUCGCACAGGAAGAACCCCACCGCAGACAUCUUGUACAACCACAUGGAGGAUUGAGCACCGUCAUAUCUGCAUAUUCAUCAGCCAGCUGCUAGCACAAAGUGGCCUUUGAAAAAUGAAGUCUUAUGAAAAUGAAGUUUUAUUGGUUAAGCCAUCUUAUUCAGUAAUGCUGUUGAUGGUCAAAAUUAGACUUCUGUGACCUUCAUAUGCCUAAGAUUGAGUAGGUUGGAAUGUAAGUGCACUAACUCGGAGUUAAUAAACAAACAUAUUGAAAGACACGGCAUACCAAUUUAAAUUACAGCCAACAGAAAUGGUUAAUUUUAUCCCUAAUCUUAUGUUAUUUCACCAUGUACUUGCAGAUUGUGAAAAUAGAUGGCAGCGCAGUUGUAGAUCAUUUAUGUAGAUGUCAUAUUACAUUUGAAAUAAAAAUUGUAGUUGCUAAGUGUGCAUAACAGCACUAACACACUAUCACAGAGGCACUGACAGAAUUAUCCAUUCAUCUCACUCAUUUUGAGACAGUGUGAAUAUCCACAGAUGUUACCUAGCUGUUCAAUUAAUUUUGCAGCACAAUACAGUUUUACAGUUUCUUUUUUACAUCAAUGUUUUCUUAUGAACUUGAAAAUGAUUGCAUCAUAAUCCUGAAAUAGACUCUUUAUGGAGAAAUUGAGACAGUAUUCAGUGUGUCAUGAUGCAAUUAAAAUUAUG